AUGCAGGGCGGCAAGUCACUGCAGAGGAUCAACUUUGACAAUGUGGGGCCAAUUGCCAGCUCGAGCCUGUUGCAGUUUGUGAAUGGCUUUGUGCUCUCCUCUGUUCAGUUCCUCAAUCGCUUCUCGGGCGUGUGCGAGGAGAAGCUCGGCAAGGUGGCCAUUCAGCUCUCCCGUCUCGAGGCCACCAUGGCCAUUCUCGAGGCCAAGCUCGAGUCAGUUCCAGGCCUUGAUCAGUACAACAUACCCAUUGCAGACUCGGACUCAGAGUCGGACGAUGCAUCGCCUGCUGCACACAGGCCAAACGGUGUCCGUGACUCGACGGCCGAAGAGUCUCCGGCGCCUGCUGCGCCUGCUGCCGCCGCUGCUCCUGUCGCUGCUGUACGGCUCGUCAAGGACAACCCAAAGUACAAGAAGUUCUUCCUCCAGAUGCGGAUGGGUGUGGACGAGCGCAACAUCCGCAAUCAGAUGAUGAUUGCCGGCCUCAAUCCGGACCUCAUCACCACACCCAACGCGCCCGAUCCGGAUGUGGAAGGCGCUCUCGGCAACGAGAUCACUCCAGUCCCCGGCAGUCCCAAGCGGGCCAAGAAGCUUACGUCGUCACCAGAGGCGUCGCUGGACGAUGGCGAGACGCAGGGCUUGGUGGGCAUGGACGAGGUGGCGGGUGGCGACGGCUCCGAAACUGCGACCUUUUUUGGGACGGUCCUUGCUGCCGCAGGCGUCCGGCUCGACGCCACGCCAGCAAGCCAUGGCCUGACCGCACCUCCGGCUGCAGUCCGCCAGGCGCUCAAGACCAAGCUGUACUUUGACGAUACCGCCCGCGAGGCCUUUGUCAACUCGCUCCUCGAGUACCUCGACGAGGGCCCCGAGUUCCUGGUCAAGGCUCUGCGGCCCAUGGUCCAAGUCAAGACCACGCCCGGGAGCGCCGGCCUCGCCGGCACGCCUGCGGCCUCGGCCGAGCCGCUUCUUCGGCUCUGCCUCGGCGUCGAGCCGGUCCAGACUCAGCUGGCCCUCGCUCUGCUCGAGGCCAUUCCCGAGCAUGCUGACGACUCGCCCGAGGUGCCCAAGCUCAUUCUUGCCGCUUUUCGCUGGCUUGACACCGUUGUCGAUGGCGCGGCCAUUGCCACCAAGCUCCUCGAGCUGCUCGACGCUGUGAGCAACGAGCUUCAGCGCGAGCUCAUCCUGUUUCUCCCGGAGAUUGUCGACGACGCCGCCCACGCCACCGUGGUCAAGGCGCUGCAGGCGCUCAUGGAGGAGAAGCCGUUCCUUGCCGUCCCCAUUCUCGACACGCUUGCCAACCUGCAUCUGGAGGGCGACUUGCUGGUGGUCAUCCGCGCGGCUGUCCUCUCGCGCCUGGCGUCGGUGCCCAUCGAUGAGGCGCCAAUCAUGGUCAAGUUCCUCCUGCAGACCUCGGCGUCGUCAGCGGCUGCACUCGGUGUUGUCAUCCGCGAGCUGCGGGCCAACCUCGACUUUGUCUCCGAGGCUGCGCCUGGUGCCAGCGCGGCAGCCUCGGAGACGGCGGUGGGUGAGGCGCUGACGCUUGAGGCGCUCAAGGCCGGCAUCCGGUUCCGCCCGGCCAUUGCGCGCGGCUUUCUCAAGGACAUCACCGCCACUCCGCUCGCCCACAUGCACCGCGGCAUUGACCUCUGGAUUCUGUUUGUCAUUGCUUCGCUCGACUCGCGACGCAAGGCCGUCAAGUCGCUCCUUCGCAAAAAGGUCGCCGCGUGCUUCUUCACUCAGCCGCUGCUCUCGGCGGCCAUUGUGGGCCACAGCCCGGCGCUGAAGGAGUACGUCCCGGUCAUGCGCUCGCUCGCCGAAGAGCUCCUCCGCUCGCCGGCGCCCAUCGUGGCCUCGUUUGGCGCUGCUUGGUACAAACUCCUCUUCACCGAGUUUGAAUCGCCGCUUGCCCGGCAAGACAUCUUGGCGUCGAUCAUGACCCACAUCGGCUCGACGUCGUCGUCGGAAGUCACCGCCGCGCUCAACGUGCUUAUCGAUCUGGCGGCAGCGCCGACGACCGGCCGCUCCAUGCGCUCGUUUGUGCCGUUUUUCAAGGGCAUGCUCGACUACCUCUUCACCCAGCCAAAUGUCCAUGUUCGCCUCCUCUUCCAGCUCUUUACCCUGCUGGCGGUUGGCGCGCCCAUCGGCGCAGGCGCGCCUCUGGCUCGGAGCGCAAGUGGUGCCAAUGCAGGCGCCCCGUCGUCGGUCUCGUCGUCGGCGUCGUCGGUGGCGUCGGGGCGGACGCCAUCGGCCGGCCCAGGCACGGUCCCGUGGGAAUCUGCGCUCCGUGACGAGCUCUUGAUCAUCAUCCGCAAGCACGUCUCCAACCCGGCCGCCAAGUUUAAGCGGAUCGGCAUUCUCGGAGCGGUUGCGCUCAUUGCGGCGCUGGCGCCGUACACGGCGACCGAGCCUGGCCCGCCGCGGCUCGACGAGGCCUCGCUCCAUACCGAAGCCUUCUCGGGCGUCCGGCGCGAGAUUGUCCUCAUUCUUUCCAUGCUCAAGGCGCACACAGCGUCGUUCCCGUCGGCGUAUGCGUUUAUGUGCGACGAGAUGAGCGCUCUGCUGGUCCGGGGGCGGCUCCCGCGCGACCUUGUCUUUUACAUCUCCUCGGAGCUCUCGUCGGUGGUGUUUGAGACCAAGUUUGUGAUUGACAACACGGCCGAGGCCAUGCCCAAGCCGAGCCUUGGUCUUGUUCCGGCGCGGCGGCUCAACCUCGACGUCAACGCGGCGACCGGCGAGUCGACGGCCGAGGUCGCCAUCGCCGUUCUCAACCACCAGCUUGCUCCGGAUCCUGCUGCCCGCGAAGUUCUGGUCGGCCUCUGCUCCGAGUUCCGCCUUCUUCACGUCUGCGAGCGCUCGCUGCAGGCCGGCUCGAUGGAGGAGAUUGACGCCAUCCUCGGAUGCCCGCUUGUUCUCUUUGACACCUCGGCGCUCGACGCCUUUGACCAGCUCUCGAUUGCGGCCAAAGAUGCCAUCCUCCUCACUCUCUUCCAGGGCAUCAACUGGUGCCGCGAGCUGCUCAACGCGUUUGCGCCGCCGGCGUCGGCGCCGUCGGCAGGAACCAAGGCCAAGGUCGCCGCCCGUCUCGCUAACAUGCUUGAGCUCACUUCGUCGCUGCUCCCGCUGCUCCCACUCCACCCGGUCACCUUUCCGGUCAUCGGGCGUGUCAUGGAGCUCGAGGACGAGUCGGGCGCAGGAUCGAGCUCGGUGACCAGCGGCAAGUCCGGGAGCGGCAAGGGCAAGGCGUCCAAGGGCAAGAGCAAGGCUUCGGCGUCGGCUGCAGCCGCAGGCAGCAUGACAGUCGCCCUCCCGCCGCUCUGGCUUGCAUCAUCGGGCUUUGCCAGUCUCUCGCUCUUCCUCCGCGAGCUCGACAUGUCGGUCUUUUCGCUCCUCUCGUUCUCGGCCUUUGUGGUCUUCCCGCUUGCGGCGCUCGACGCUGACCGUGCGGCAGGGAUGGGCGUGAGCCUCGCCUCGCAGCCGCAUCUCCUCCAUGUCCUCCUCUCGGACCUCCUUGCCAAGAUCAAGCACAUGCUCCCAGCGCGGUCGGCGUCGGGCAGGGUCGGGCCUGCGCUUCCGCCGGGCUUUGGCUCGGCAGCGCCUUCGUGGGAGACCGCGCACGCCUUUGCCAACGUCGAUGCCAUGGGUCGCGAUGCGUUCUUUGGUGCCACGGUGGCGCUCAUCCCCGCCCUCUGCGAGCACCUCGAGCGGCUCAACUCGUUCCUCGCUCUCGAUCCCGAGAGCCUUGCAAGCCUCGCACCGCAUCUGGAGUCUGACGCCGGUGCGGCGCAGGCGAGGGCGAUGGCCGCUCACCUCCUGGUCCUCCUCCUCAACAUCUUUGAGUCGCUUUUCCUCUACCACGCGCUUGUGGAGCAGGGCGCGCGGGCAUCGCUGGCGACGCUGCUUGCGGUGCCAGCGACGCGGAUUGCGCCACACGCGGCGGUCGGGCUUGGGCUCGACUCGCCGGUAGCGAGCGGCGAGGGCACGGUGGCGGAACCUGAGGCAGCGCGGCUCUCAGCACUUGUUGGCGCCGCCUUUGACUACUUUUCUAACAUCGGCGCCGCGCCGGCUUCGCACUCGCUCUGCUCGCCACUCAUCGCGCUUCUCACGGCGCUGGCGACGCUCGAGCCGGGCUCGGAGCUCCUUGCGCGAGUCUCGACGCUUGCAGGCGCGUUUCUGGCGCGGCAAUGGGAUGGGGAGCCUGCACUCCGCUCGGAGCUAAUUGCCUCGCUCCUCACGGCGUACAUUCGUGAGUCGUCAACACCAGUGACAAUCAUCCACGAGGUGGUGACGACCCACAUCGGCGGCUUUGUGAGCACAAGCGGCGACGAUGGCGAGGUCAUGCCAGCGCUGACCAAGACCUCGCUCCCGGUCUUCUUCCGAGUCGUGCUCACGGAGCUUGUGGCGAACCUCGGGGUAGAGCCGCUGGCGGCGCGCGAGUCGGCCGAGUCGAUCCCGGAGCGGCUGCAGCGGGUGGAGAUCCUUGUGCGUGCGUUCUCUGUCCUGGCCAAGGCGACCAAGGUUUUUACCUCGCGGCCGUACCUGUUGCCAAUUCUCAAGCACGGGACGACGUUUGCAGCCAAGAUGUCCAAGCACAUCACGGCGCUCGCGCCGUGCUUCCGGAUAUAUGUCGGCGAGAUCCAGACGGUCGUCAAGUGCAUGCAAACAUCGACCCGAAUUCUGCAGGCCAUCUGCGCCGAGUCCAAGAUCAUGGACUCGCACAAGCUUGGGCGGUUCGUGCCCAGGCUCCGCAAGGAGCUUGAGACGCUCAUCUUCAAGGUCAAGGGCAUGCUCUCGGCCAACAACCUCAUGUCUGCGUUUUGGAUGGGUAACCUCAAGCACCGCAACUUGCUGGGCGAGGUUGUCUCGGACCGCAUCGCGCCGGAACCGUCCGACUCGGACUCGGACGACGAGGAUUCCGACGACGACGAGGAGGACGACGAGGCCGACGACGACGACGAGUAGGCGGUCGAAGCUGUCGUCUGUAAAUGCAUCACACAUUUCCCCU